AUGAUCCAUAAUUUAAUUGCACUUUACAGCACGCGAUUAGCAUUUCCCUACAGAAGAGAGCCAAAUUCAACGUGUUCGUGUAAGCCCGAAAUUGAUCCGGUCUGUGUGCGGGAAGGACCAUACCAGUACACAUAUUCAAACAAGUGUGUUUUCCAAUGUGCCCAGGAAAAUAAAAAAGAUUUGGUAUUGUUGUAUGAGGGGUCGUGUUGUUCGGCAAGAUAUUGCAACAUGUUCGAGCAACCUGUGUGCUCAGAAGGACAAAUGUAUCAAACAGUAUGCGAGUUUGAAGAACGACAGUGCAUCGAGUUCAAAUUAUUCAAAAAUCAUAUUUCUAUGGACUCGAGCCAAGAAAAAUGCUCUUGCACUGCCCCCUGUCCAACAGAGUGGAAUCCAGUAUGCGAUAAAAAAGGUCAAACUCAUGCAAACUUUUGCACUUUUUUGAACUCAAAGUGUUAUCAUAAAAACCAAUUAAAUGAAUCGCUGGAAGUUGACUACUCUGGUGUAUGCUGCGAAGAUAUGUGUUCGGCCGGCCAAACAUCGCUGACCGUUUGUGAUUCGGAAGGAAACACGCAUACCGAUAUAUGUUCUUUUUACAUCGCAAAGUGUCGUCAAAUGAGACGAGGAAUUGGCAAAAAACGACUGCAAAUUGCCGGUGUUGGCCCGUGUAAGCCGAAAAAUCCCUUCUUCCGGUCAUUUGAUUAUUUUGUGAAUCGAUCUGUGAAUUAUAGUCAAACAAAUACUAAUCGAGUAGUAUAAGAAGUAAUUGCCAAUAAAUAUGCCAAAAUCAGCUU